AUGUCUGUCCCUAUCUGUCGGAGUAUUGUGUCGCGCCGUGCUACGAACGUCGGCUCGACGGUUCGCCAGCUCGCCAACGGCACCCCUGUCGUCUCGGGUCUGAACCUCAAUGUUUCGGCCCCGGCUGACCCCCACGCUCACGACGAGCACGCCGCGGGUCCCCGUGGCGACCUCUCAGCUGUGCCCUCGUGGACCAGCAAGGCCAGCCUCCGUGGCCACUCUGUCUUCUCCCGCUCGGCUGUGAACACCAAGGUCUCGGGUGUGCAGACCUCGGUCCGUGGUCUUUCGACCUCGGCCCGUGCCUUGGAGACCCCCGACUUUAGCCAAUACCGUGCCAAGUCGCCCGAGGUGCACCGCGCCUUCUCCUACUUCCUGAUCGGAAGCUUUGGUGCCCUGGCUGCUACGAGCGCCCGCUCGACGGUGACCAACUUCCUGUCGACGAUGAGCGCGUCGAGCGAUGUGCUUGCGCUCGCCAAGGUCGAGGUCGACAUGGCCAACAUCCCUGUUGGCAAGAACGCCAUCAUCAAGUGGCGUGGUAAGCCCGUCUUUGUGCGCCACCGCACGGAGGACGAGAUCAAGGAGGCUGAGGACUGCGAUGUGUCCAAGCUCCGUGACCCCGAGACGGACGAGCAGCGCGUCAAGCGCCCGGAAUGGCUCGUCAUGGUCGGUGUAUGCACCCACCUGGGUUGUGUGCCGAUCGGCGAGGCCGGUGAAUACGGUGGCUGGUUCUGCCCUUGCCACGGUAGCCACUACGACAUCAGCGGCCGUAUCCGCAAGGGCCCCGCGCCCCUGAACCUCGAGAUUCCCGAGUACGACUUUAACGAUGGCGAGGAGAAGAUCGUCAUCGGUUAA